UCGACUCUCCCCCACUUGACAUUUUGAAAACUCUAUCACCACUUACUCACACCAACUUUGUCGCUAUCUGUGUCUGCUCCUAAUAAUAUCUCUUUUUAAGUCUCCUGCCGCAGCAGCCUGAAGCACAAGAAGGGUGUUCAUCUCAUCAAAGAAAAACAAAAAACACACCUUUUUGUGAGUGAUGAUGAUGGGUCAAUUCAAGGAGAAGCUUGUGAGUUUAUACAGAAGCAGAUGGCUGGUGUUUGUGGCUGCAAUGUGGUUACAAUCAUGGGCAGGGAUUGGGUACUUGUUUGGGAGCAUAUCACCAGUGAUCAAAGAGUCCUUAAGCUACAACCAGAAGCAACUUGCCAUGGUUGGUGUGGCUAAGGACCUUGGUGAUUCCGUUGGCUUUGUAACUGGAAUCCUCUGUGAGAUCUUGCCCCUUUGGGCUUCUCUACUAGUUGGUGCUCUUCUCAAUCUUAUUGGCUAUGGUUGGGUUUGGUUGAUUGUUACUGCUAGAGUUCCAACUCUUCCCUUAUGGGCUAUUUGUGUUCUCAUAUUUAUUGGAACAAAUGGUGAAACCUACUUCAACACAGUUUCUCUAGUAUCUUGUGUGCAAAACUUCCCCAAAAGCCGGGGUCCAGUGGUCGGAAUUCUGAAGGGCUUUGCAGGACUGAGUGGUGCAAUCUUGACACAAAUAUAUGCAGUGAUCCAUUCCCCUGAUCAUGCAUCAUUGGUAUUUAUGGUUGCUGUUGGUCCAGCAUUGGUAGGAGUAGGUCUAAUGUUCAUUGUUAGACCUGUAGGAGGUCACAAACAAGUGCGUCCGACGGACGGCAAAAGCUUCACAUUUGUCUAUGGAGUGUGCCUCCUAUUGGCUGCUUAUUUGAUGGGAGUCAUGGUUGUCCAAGAUCUAGUUUAUGUGAGCAGUCCUGUAAUCAUGAUUUUCACAAUCAUCCUGUUCUUGAUUCUCUUUGUUCCAUUCAUCAUUCCUAUCGCAUUAGUUUUCGGUCCGGAGCAAAAAUCUCCAGAGGAAGAGGCACUGCUUCCAGAACCAGAGAGUAAAGAUCUAGGAAAGUCACCACAGGAAUCCGAGGAAGUGCUAUUAAGUGAGCUGGAAGACGAGAAGCCUAAGGAAGUGGACUUGCUUCCUGCAUCAGAGCGGCGAAAGCGUAUCGCGCAAUUGCAAUCAAAGCUACUCCAAGCAGCUGCUGAAGGAGCAGUGAGAGUCAAGAGGAGGAGAGGACCACACAGAGGGGAGGAUUUUACUUUGAGACAAGCUUUGAUUAAGGCAGAUUUUUGGCUUCUUUUCAUUUCCAUGAUCAUGGGCUCGGGAUCCGGCUUGACUGUAAUCGACAAUCUUGGUCAGAUGAGUCAGUCUCUUGGAUAUGACAAUACACAUAUCUUUGUCUCACUCAUCAGUAUUUGGAACUUCCUCGGCCGUGUCGGAGGCGGCUACAUAUCUGAGCUUGUUGUAAGAGAUCAUGUCUAUCCAAGACCAGCUGCACUAGCUGUAUUUCAACUUAUUAUGACCGUCGGCCAUCUUUUCAUUGCGAUGGGAUGGCCGGGGUCAAUGUAUAUCAGCACUCUACUGAUUGGACUUGGUUAUGGAGCUCAUUGGGCGAUUGUUCCGGCCACUGCCUCUGAAUUGUUCGGAUUGAGAAACUUUGGUGCAUUGUACAAUUUCAUCACUCUAGCAAACCCUGCAGGAACGCUUGUCUUCUCAAGUCUUAUAGCAAGCAGAAUCUAUGAUUAUGAGGCAGAACAGCAAGCUCAAGGAGAUCAUCAUUUUCCAAAUUUAGGAUCGGUCAUGGCGCGUGCGCUUAAUGAUGGCAAGCCACUAACGUGUAAUGGCUCCAUAUGCUUUUUCAUAACUUCCAUGAUCAUGUCUGGACUCUGCAUCGUUGCAGCAAUCUUAUGCAUGAUUCUUGUGUUCCGAACAAGGAUCGUUUAUGCAAACCUAUAUGGAAAAUCUUCUUCCCGCAACCUCCGAUAAAUCAGAGUUUUCUUGUAAUAAGCUCCACUUUUUUGUGUUGAUUUCUUGCU